UUGUGGGAGCCGCUGAUUGGCGCAUUUCCGCUGCCAUUGUGCGCGAGAGACGGUAAAUAACACUGAAGCUCAAGUAAAAACACUCAGAAAAACACCUUCAGCGCAGGUGAGUGUGUGUCAGCAUGGCCCGUACUAAGCAAACCGCCCGUAAAUCGACUGGAGGAAAAGCUCCUCGUAAGCAGCUGGCGACUAAAGCGGCUCGUAAGAGUGCGCCCUCUACUGGAGGAGUCAAGAAGCCCCAUCGCUACAGGCCCGGGACCGUGGCUCUGCGUGAGAUCCGUCGUUAUCAGAAGUCCACUGAGCUGCUGAUCCGCAAGCUUCCCUUCCAGCGUCUGGUUCGAGAGAUUGCACAGGACUUCAAGACUGACCUGCGUUUCCAGAGUGCCGCCAUCGGAGCCCUGCAGGAGGCCAGCGAGGCGUAUCUGGUGGGUCUGUUUGAGGACACUAACCUGUGCGCCAUCCAUGCCAAGCGUGUGACCAUCAUGCCCAAAGACAUCCAGCUGGCGCGCCGCAUCCGUGGAGAACGAGCCUGAGUCUCUCACACACUCUCUCUCUUUUCUCUCUCUCUCUCUCUCUCUGUAGUUUAGUGUGGUCGUUUCUCUGUUUUUGGCAGCAGACUAUUAGGGUACUUCCUGUUUGCAUGUACCAACCUGUGACUGAUCGACCUCAAACACACACACACACACACACACACACACACACACACACACACAUAAAUAAAUACGAAGACAAACACACACUUUCUCUCUCACACACACACACACACACACACACACACACAUAAAUAAAUACGAAGACAAACACACACUUUCUCUCUCACUCACAAACACACACACACACUUACAAAUAAACACACAUACAAAAAACGAACCUAUAGCUCACACAUGCUUUCUAUCUCUUUAUUACACAUACGCACACAAACAGGCAUACAUGCACAACUAAUAAAAUCACAUGCACACAACACUAACACACAAAAACACACUCACACAUGCUCUCCAUCUCUCUCUCACACACACACACUCUGUUUUUACUAUUCCGGUAUUUAUAAUGAUUGGAAAGUAAUAAUAAAAAGGUAAAAAACAGCAAAGGUUUUCUUUUCUUGCAAUUCUGAAUUGAUAUCUUCACCGUUUUGCAAAACAAAAUGAGUUUACGUCUCAUUAAUUGAGUUUAAAUCCUAAUUCUGAAUUUAGAUCCUGCAUUUUUGACUAUUUUCCUGCAAAAUAAAAUGAAAAAAGGAUGAUAAAUCUCUCAAUUAGGAAGUCAUAUCUCUAUUUUCAUGUCAUUAAAUUGUUGUUUUUCAGAAUUGCAAAUAAAGUCUAAAUCAUAAUAUUUUCAUAAUUCUUCACGUUUUUAUUCUCUCAUAGACGCUGCAACUCAUAUUUGUAAGAUUCAGACUCAUGAUUAUGAAAUAAACGUCCAUGACUGAAGCUGAAGAUGUAAUAAACAGUAAUGCGUUUAGCAAAAAGAAUGUCAAAUUAGAGUAUAAUUAAUACACCUGACAACUAUACAGGAUUGCAUACUGAGCAACAAAUCUAACGUCUAUAUGACUGCACUCGAAUAAACAUUACCAAUAAACAUAAUGUAAUGCAAGCCCAGCAGAGAGAGUAAAGCACUGAUUUGAAUGAAACAGUCGGGGCUGAAAUCUGCAUUUAGGGCUUCACAGGUCCUCAUGCAGGGUGCUAGAUCAGCCCUGACCCCUCCUAUAAUCCCCUGCACCUCCAUCUGUGUGUGUAUGUGUGUGUUUGAAGUCCAUCUGCACAGGGAUUUGUAUACAAGUCCGAGCAUCUCUCCAACAAAUGUUUGUUAUUGCAAUAUUAAGAAUCACUUUGAAUAAUUAAUGACGUCUGUUUGUGUUUAAUCAUUCAUAUGAGGCUUGUUUCAUAGAUCCAGAGCAUAUUUUUGAAGAGGAGGAGGUUCUUAUAAGAUAUUUCUACACCACGGAUCUUGUUUAUUUCCUGAUUUGAUGGGAAUCUGUAAACUGGGCUCGAUGCUGUUUUUCGGUUUCGCCACGUGAUUAAUUGUCUCUCGGAGCAGAAGUUUGGUCCCUUCAUGAUUCCUCAGGCACUCAUUGGAAACGUUAAUCCUGCUCCGUUUGCUUUUGUUGAUCAAGAUUUCAGAGUUUGACUACAGAACAUUCAGGUGUUUCAAUAAACUGAUCUUUGUAAUUUGACAUUUCUCUUAAUUGCGUAAUAAAUGGAUGUCUCACACA